CCUCAACACAAAGGAAGGUAUAUUCUCGAAUAUGUAUGCAAGCAACUCAAUAUCUUGGAAACGGAUUACUUUGGGCUUCGUUAUGCGGAUCACUGUAGGCAAAGGCAUUGGUUUAGUCUUUCUUAAACUGCUAUAAAACAAGUAAAAGAUAUGGACCCCAUUCUGUUCAGUUUUCGUGUGAAAUUCUAUCCACCGGAUCCUCUGAGGCUGAAGGAAGAAAUAACAAGGUAUCAGGUUUAUCAGCAGCUGAAGAGGGAUCUUCUUCAUGGACGGCUAUACUGCAGUCCAGGUGAAGCAGCGCUGCUGGCGGCGUGCAUCGUGCAAAGUGAAUUGGGGGAUUAUGACCCCAAACUUCACGAAGGAAACUAUAUUUCCGAGCACAAAUUACUACUUAAGCAGACGGAGGCUAUUGAAGAAAAAGCUAUGGAACUGCAUCAAACAGAAUUAAAAGGAUUCACUCCAGAGCAAGCGGAAACUCACUUUCUUAGAUUAGCAUCGCAAUUGGAUACAUACGCUGUUGAUCCACACGCAGUAAAGGACCAAAAGGGUGCACAACUGUAUCUCGGUAUUAAUCACUGUGGAAUACUAACAUUUCAAGGAUCUCGUAAGACUCACCAUUUCCGCUGGCCGGAGGUGCAGAAAAUCAACUAUGAAGGAAAAAUGUUUAUUGUACAUUUAACGAUAAGUGAGGACGUGAGGACGAAGAAAAAGCACACUGUUGGAUUUAAAUGUCCCACGGGAUCGAACUGCCGCCACGUAUGGAGAUGCGCCAUCGAACAAAUGUUAUUUUUCACAUUACCUAGAGCAUCAGAUGCACCGGUUGUAAGCGGUGGAUCCAUUUUCUCCUGGGGUACAAAAUUUAAAUAUACUGGAAGAACAGAGAAAGAGGUUCUAGAAGAAACGGGUCCACUUCGGAAAGAGGAACCACCUAUACAGCGAUGUCAAACUACAUGUCUUAGAAGAAAAGCUAGCAGCGUACCAGCCACUCCAAGUACCCCUAGUCAAGAUCUUGUUGAAAUAAGAUAUUCCAGUCUGCCACGUAGCUGCCAUACCGCAGGAUUAGAUGGCGCUGGAAUGUCAGAAGGUGGUACCGGUGUUCCAUUCAGUUCGCCCUAUUGUCCAGAUAAUACUUUACCACUCCUGGAAACUGUAUCGGAGGACCAAGAAAUUCAAGCCAGGAGAAACAACGCAGUAGACCAAAAAGAAACGCAUGUGAGAGCCACCCACAACACCACCACUACCAUCACCACUUCCAACACCACAACAAAUUGUGCGAAAGUUAGAACGAAAUACCCUAAGAGCACGCUGAAUCGACCGCAACCGUUGUACAGUCAGAAAAUAGUAAUAGGCUCGGAGGAGUUAGUCGGCCAUAACAUUGAUAACGUCGUCAGGCAACGUAUAAAUGCCCUGGAAAAGAGUCCAAAGGUGGUUAGAUCGACUGCUCUGAUAAUAAAGAGUUCGAAAGUGUCAGCGAAGUCUCUCAAAGCUGGUAAAGAAAUCACGAACGAGAUGUACACAUUCCCUACAGCCGAUUCGGGAACAAUCAUCACGACGGUGAUAGACGGUCCGUUCGAUUCCAACAUGGGUAAGCCAAAGUUGCGCUGGUCCAACAAGCAGGUAAGCAUGCUCGCUUGCCGGGAAAAUGAGAUUUUGUACCGUGACACCAUUACUACGGCCAAAGCAACAAACGGUAACGUUGCAUCGCCAACAACUGAUGUCGAACACGUUAGAAACGGAGUCGAAGUUACGAAACAGCGAGAAAGGACAGUCGGUCAGUCAGAGGGCGAAAUUAACGACUACUACUUUAGGGAUUCGUUUGAUCAUUCCUCGUCAGAAAGUCAACUAUUGGAUGCGUCCGGUAAACCACAUAGUCGUUCAGUGACUCCGGUACCGAAAAUGCAAAAGCUCCAAAACUCGAAACUCUGCCUCCAACAGCAGCGGCAACAUCAGCAGCAACAACAUCAACGACAACCUAAUCAGCGUCUAAAUUAUAAAUUAAAGUGCAAGAGUCUGCGAAUAACGAGACUUUUUGUUCCAGCUUUUAUGCUUACGAUCACGGUUUUAUUUAUUGUGAUCGUCUUAGUGUUUGAAACAGAUACGACGCUUUUCAAUAGCUUACGUAAGACGCCAGAAAUGGUAGCCUUAAAGAACCAAUACUAUGUCCCCAUCAAAGAGUUUUUGAGGACAAAGCUCGGCCUAUUUUGA